AUGAUAAGCAUCAGCACCAAGUUCGCCGCUAUAGGCCAGCCACAAUGCCUUGUCUUUAAGUUUCCCUUCGGCACCCUCGCGAUGAUGAAGCCAUUUCUCAUCCCCUGCCCCUCCUCCGCGAUCUUCACUACCGCCUCCUCCACGACCUCCACCACCGCAUCCGCUCCGACAACCACCACCUGCCCGCCCUGCCCCUGCGCUCCGCUCGCCGUUUCGUCCGCCCUCGCCUCCGCCACCACCGCUGCCGCCGCCGCACCCACGCCGACGAUGAUGACGACGACCACCACCACCAACGCCGCAGCCGCCACAGUAUCCCCCUCGGCCGACGAUGAGAAGCCUUAUGGCCCUUCGUUUUUGUGGCCUCUGGUCGCCAUAGUAUCGGUCGCCCGUGCCUCCACGGCGGAGAUGACGCGCUGGCAAGGAUGGGUUGUGCGGUUUGCCCGUUUCGUGCGUGGGUACCGAAUACAUGGGGUGCGGCGCUUCCGCUACGUCGUUCCGGAGCUCAUCUAUGUUCUCCUCGGUCUUGGCGUGCUGCUUCUUUGGCUGUCCCCGUUUCUUGUCGUGGUGCAAGUUGGCAGGUCUUUUUGGGUGGACGUCCUGAAGCCGAGCUAUGGCGAGGAGGAGCCGGCGCUGGAAGAAGAGGAGGAGGAGACACUCUUCUAG